AUGGGAAAUAACACGUCAAGCACACGGAAGUCCACAGCUGGCUCUCGCUUAAGCUCAGGUGGUGUGCGUAGGGUACUGCGAAAGGAAACAGAUUUGGAUGAAGAGUUCAGCGAUUUGAUAUUGCAUGAGGUAACCAAGCAGCAGCAGCAACAGGACCAGCAGCAGCAGCAGCAGCAGCAGCAGCAACAACAACAGCAACGACAACAGCAACAACAGCAGCAACAGCAGCAACAGCAACAACAGCAGCAGCAGCAGCAAGUGGCCAGUGAGACAAACCUGCCUGAGCCCGACAAGGGCAGAUCGAGCGCUAACAAAUUUGCGCCUUCCGGCUUCCAUUCGUCAGGAUCUUGGGACAAGAUCAAGGGUACCAAGCAAUUCAAGUCUGAGAAUGAUAAUGAAGAAUAUGAGGACGAAGACGACAACACCGGGUUUGAGAAAAGGAGAAGGAAAAGCUCGGCACCCUAUAAGCAAUUUCUGAAUGACUUGAUCGAAGACGAGUACAACGAGUUGAACGAUGGCUUGUUAGAAACAGAUGCACCAGAGUUAAGUAGAAACAUUUUAAAGAAUGAUGGUGACGAUGAUACCGAGAAUGACGACGAUAAUGAUGAAUUCUUGGGUGAUAUCGAAAUGGAAGAUGCUGAGAAGGAAAGGAGUUCCGAUGAAGAGCAUCAUGUAAAGAACAUCAUCAAGCCGAUUAAGGACGAUAUGGAUACUGACGAUGAAUUCAGCCCCACGCCAGAUUUGAGUAAGGUUGACUUUACCAAAAUUGUACCUGGACAAAAGCCGCCUAGCCAGGAGCAUUCUUCUGAUGAAUCAGGAAACAUCUCGUCGGUGGCACCAUCAACCGAGGGCCAACAUCAGACAUCAGACCAGGCAGUGGGCCAACCUGCAAAAGAGUCAGUGGCCACAUAUGAAGACCAUCAACAUCAACUGCAUCACGCUCACUCCGGUUCUAUGGAACACAGUAAGCCCCCAUCUUACCACAGUGGGACUUCUACUCCAACAGUCAAAUCUUUAAUCCCAGUUGAAAUCAAGUGGGUCAAUUCCACUAAAGAAAACAUCCAAAAGAUAUCGAUUAUUGGGUCGUUUUCCAAUUGGAGAGACGUUAUUCGUCUUAAACCGUCAUCUAAUCAUCAAAAUGAAUAUGUAACCACUAUUAAUUUGCCCUUGGGUGUUCAUAAAUUGUUGUACAUUAUAAACAACGAAUAUAGAGUGAGUGAUCAAUUACCCACUGCAACAGAUCAAGAGGGUAUUUUUUUCAAUUGGUUUGAAGUUUUGGAUGAAGCACAUUUAUUUAAUCAUUCACAUAACCAGCAGAAUCAUAUUGGUGCAUCCACUGACUUUGAUGCGAAUAUCAUUCCACAAGAGACUCAAACUGCAGGCAGAUAUGAAGUAGACAGAAUUAAAAAGAAGUCAACAAGCUUUUUGACCAGAGUAACAAAGACCCUGGAGCAGCCUGACUUUGAACAUGUGGAAUAUCAAAUGGAAGAUCAACAACCUGCUGUACCAAUACUGGGCAAUGGGACCCAAACUCCACCGGUGCAAGUGGCAUCUACCACCAACCAUACUCAUCAUGACGAGACACCUACAUAUGUUUCUUAUCAAGAUGAGAAGAGUGGGUCAUUUUUCACUGAAAUGGCAGUGACGAAACUCAAUUAUUCCAGUGAAAUACCGGAAAUGUUUCUCAACUACGAUUAUUUUAAAAAUAAAGGAGCCGAUUAUCAAUUGCCGGAACCACCGCAACUUCCUGCUCAUUUGAAUAACGUCUUAUUGAAUAAGAUGUCCUCGAAUCAAAACCAAACUCACGCUAACAACAUUCCGCAUAUCAAAAGGAGUGGAAACUCUCCUGUAGGUGCUAAUAACGAUCCAUUUAAACCGCCACAACCGUCAUUUCACGAAAGCUCACUGAGUACCAGUAGCCAUGGUAACAAGAGACCACCAUUGAGGAGGGCAGAUUCUUCGUACUAUGCGUCCAAUCAAGAAGCAUAUCACUUAUCUAUCCCUAACCAUGUAAUUUUAAACCAUUUAAUGACGACGUCUAUCAGGCAAGAUGUCUUGACAGUUGCUUGCAUUACUAGAUACUCUGGUAAAUUUGUUACUCAAAUAAUGCAUUCACCAGCUGAUACAUAG